GGACCACGGCCGGACUCUGCUCCUCUCUCCACACGCGAGCCGCUGCAGGACCAGGACCAGGACCAGGACCAGGACCAGGACCAGGAUCAGGACCAGGAUCGGGAACAUUUGGAUUUGGAAAAGUGGCAGUGAAAUGGAGCUUUGGCUGGAGCUGCUGAUCGGAGUCUGUCUGUCCACACUGGUGCUCUGCUCUUUCCCAGAUCAGGAACGUCCACAGGCCGAGAACGUGCACUGGGUUUCUCUGGACUUUAAAACCAUCCUCAGGUGGUCAGCCCCGCCCUCCAACUACACCUACACCGUCCAGUAUGCAGAAGAAGACGGAGACUGGAUCGCGGCUCCACACUGUAUCCAGAUCUCACACGAAGAAUGUGACCUGACCCACGAACUGCAAUAUAAAAACAGGAAGUUCCAGGCCGAUGUUCAGACUGACGAUCUUUACGACGACUACGAGGACCUUCCACACACCUACUCCACCUUCUUCAACCCCUACACACAGAGUGAGCUGAGCGCAGUUUCGUUCUCCAUCCUGAAGGUGGGCGAGCACUCGGUCACGUUGAACAUCACGGACCCUCUGACCUCGUUCCAUGUUGGGGGGAAGCAGCUCUCCAUCCGAGACAUCCUCCAGAAAGAUCUCAAGUACAAAGUGUCCUACUCCAAGUCCGAUAAAUCGAUGGAGAGGAAGGUGGAUCUGGACUCAAACGUGGCUCAGAUCUCCGGUCUGGACCCGGGUCAGAGUUACUGCUUCAUGGUCGCCGCGUACGUCCAGAACCGACACAUGUCCGUGAGUAAAGGAGCGUGGAGCGGAAUCACCUGCACCUCCGGCUCCGGAAUCCUGGACGAGCUGGACAUGCGCUCCGUCUUUCAGGCCGUCUUCAUCCCUCUGGUUCUCCUCAUCGUCCUGGUGACGGUUCUGGCCAUUUACUGCCGAUUCUGUCGACGCAAAAACAAAACCCCAGACUCACGAACCCGAGACCCGCCCAGACCUUUUACUGCGCAGUACUGUAACUCUGGGGUACUUUUACUGUGAAGUAUUUUCACUGUGGAGUACUUUCACUGUGAAGGAUUUUUACUGUGGAGUACUUUCACUGUGAAGUACUUUCA